CGCUGUGGCUGUGCAGGCUUGAAUGGUUCUCUGUGUCCUGCUCUGAGAUCUGCUGUUGGGUGCAUUGAGGGGACCUCAGGAAGCUCUGAGAUUUAGACAUGGAUGCAGUGACUUUUGACGAUGUGCAUGUGAACUUCACUAAAGAAGAAUGGAAUUUGCUGGAUCCUUCCCAGAUGAAUCUCUACAAAGAUGUUAUGUUGGAGACCUACUGGAACCUUACUUCUAUAGGCUACAAAUGGGAAGACCAUCACAUUGAAGAAUCAUGUCAAAGUUCUCGAAGACAUACAAGACUCGCUGAUCUCCAAUGUCAUAAAAGAAGCCAUACUGGAGAGAAACCUUAUGAAUGUAAUCAAUGUGGUAAAGCCUUUGUGGCAACCACUACUCUUCAAAGACAUAAAAGAACCCAUACUGGAGAGAAACCUUAUAAAUGUAAUCAAUGUGGUAAAGCCUUUGGAAGAUCUGAUAAUCUCCAACGUCAUAAAAGAACCCAUACUGGAGAGAAACCUUAUGAAUGUAAUCAAUGUGGGAAAGCCUUUUCCUGUCACAAUAGUCUCAGAUAUCAUAAAAGAACCCAUACUGGAGAGAAACCUUAUGAAUGUAAUCAAUGUGGUCAAGCCUUUUCCUGUCACAAUAGACUCAGGUAUCAUAAAAGAACCCAUACUGGAGAGAAACCUUAUGAAUGUAAUCAAUGUAGGAAAGCCUUUUCCCAUCAAAAUAGUCUCAGAUAUCAUAAAAGAACCCAUACUGGAGAGAAACCUUAUGAAUGUAAUCAAUGUGGUAAAGCCUUUUUCUGUCACAGUGGUCUCAGAUAUCAUAAAAGAACCCAUACUGGAGAGAAACCUUAUGAAUGUAAUCAAUGUGGUAAAGCCUUUGCAAGACCUGCUUAUCUCCAUUGUCAUAAAAGAACCCAUACUGGAGAGUAA